UGCAUAGACCCGGUCAGCCGUGUUGAGUCAGUCCGUUCACGUUCGUUCCGACUCAACUGACGGUCGUGAAUGGACUGCCGACGAGUGUCAGUCAAUCUCUGGGUCUCUGUCUUUCAGUCAGAUAACUCCACCCACUCACAGAGCGAGGCGCGACGAUAGGCUAAGACAGGCAAGCAAGCAGAUAGUCCCGCCCCUUGCAAAAGGAACCGUGAACUGACUCUCCAGCCAAUCAGAAAAAAGCAUUUGCAACUGAACGGACUGAACGGGUAUUUUAGGGGCGGUGACCUCGUUCAUUCCGUUCACAAAAAAGAACUAGUUCUUUCGACCCGUUCGUUCACGACCGACACACCAGUCGUGCUCAGUGACAUGGAUAAACUGACCGUGAUAUCAGGAUGUCUUUUCCUCGCUGCACAAGUCUUCGCCAUCGCCAGCAUCGCCAACCCAGACUGGAUCAGCACCGGAGAGUCCGCCGGCUCUCUGACCUUCGGUCUGGUCCGACAGUGUCAGACCAUUCAUGGCCGAGAUCGGACCUGCAUCCCCCCUCAAAUGCCCCCGGAGUGGGUCGCCGCGCUCUUCUUCAUCAUCCUGGGUGUCCUCUCACUGACCGUCGCCUGCUGCCUGCUGGUCAUGUCCCACUGGCGCCACGAGGUCAUCCGAUACGCCCGCUGGAUCGCUUUCACGGGGUUGGUCCUGUUCUGUAUGGCAGCGCUCAUUUUCCCGAUGGGUUUCUACGUCAGUGAGGUUGGAGGAGAACCAUACAAGCUGCCCAACAACACCGGCGUGGGCUCCUCCUAUGUGCUCUUUGUUCUGUCCAUCUUUUUCACCAUCGUGGGCCUUCUGUUCGCCGGGAAGGUUUGCUUACCCGGCUGACACCUACUCUCCUCAGAGGAACUCCUGCGGAGGCUCUUAUUUGGAAGAAGAUGAAAACAAAGUAGACCAGGAGGUACAUGCGUCCACGUGUUUGGAAGUGGGAGUGAUGGAAAUCGACCGAAAAAAAAAGACUCUGGCUCGAGCCCUGACAGAUUAUCAGUCAUCUUAAGGAGGAACGACAGAUAACCUCUCUCACUCACCCUAUUAACUCAUAAUAAUUGCAAAGCCCCGAUGGAUGAUGGAGGUCACGACCCGACGACAAUACAGUCUGUAAUAUAUUCAUUCAGUGACAUGCCUUUCUUUUUGUAUUUAUUUUACUUUUAUUAUGAAAAGAUCUAAUAUAUCCAAAAUGUGUCUUAACUGCCUUAAGGAGCUGUCCACCUUAAAUUAUGUGUGUAUGCAACACCAAAUGUCCGUUACUCUUCACCCGUGGCCAUGUUCAGCAUUCCUGCUUUCAUCAAUCUCGCCGCCUCCCUAAACUUGUCGACGGCUUCAUUACAGGAUGUUCUCUGCGUUUGGAGGAAGUCAGUGCAUCAGUCGUAGUGACAUUGGCGUAAAUAUUGUAAAUAUUGUAAAUAUUGGCGCUCUAGGUAUGGGAUGGAUGAAAGCAACAUACAAUGAGGAACUCGUGCCUCGCCUUCCGGAGCUUGAAGAACUCCUCCACAGUCAGGUCUUCUACUUUCUUUCUCAGAGUGAUGAAGUGACACAAGGCCGACUGGGAUUUGUGCUCUUUUCUGUUAAGAAAAGGACAAAACCCAUCAGUGAGGGAUAAUUACUAUAAUUCAUCAACACAUAGUGAUCUAAAUGCAAUAUAUUGCGGUCCAAACAGUAACGUGACCUUAAUCUUACCGUGGGUCAUCCUCCGGUGCCCAGCGCUCCAACUUUUUGAGGCAGAAGAAGCACAUAGCAGCAUCUGGGCUGUUGUCUGAAGGCGUGUAAAUAAAGCCGGCCUUUGCCAUCUGAAAAACAUAGACCCAAUUCACAUCAUUUCAUGUUGUUUUCUUCAUAUUUAAUAGUACUGAAAUGUAUUCACAAUUCAAAUGUCAAGUAAGGCACUGAAAUUAUAUUUUAGCUGUUCAAAGUUCCUUAAAAAGUUCCUGUAUUUUGUUAUUUCGAUAUUUUAGCGCCAAUCAUCACCAAGGAAUUGAACAAAGUUGGCUUGAAAUGAGAGCAUUGGCAGGUUUGUUUGUGCAUUUGUAAUAUUUGUAACGACGACCUGUGUCUCGCUCAUUUUAGUGACAUUAGAUUGCUUUGACUUCAUUCUUCCACCAG